AUAGUUGAAUCAGACGAAACAAUGGAGAGGUUUACCCCUGGCCCUAAAUCCUCCGGCCAUACUUAUUUCUCCUCAACAACACAUAUCAAACUUCUCCUUCAUGACAUCAACCCUCUUUCAACAAUGAAGUUUCGCCAUUUUCGCCAGCAUUCCAACUUCUCUUCUCUCUCAUCCGCCUUCUCAAAUCACCCAAAAACACCUCUAUUUCCAUCUUCAGCCACUCCUCAACAAAAGUUACAAACUUCAAUCUUAAACUCUCAAUGGCAUUUCAUCAAACACGUUAUACCCACUCUAACCCCUGCUAUUAUCUCCGAUACCCUUCUCAAUCUCCGCUCAAAACCCAUCCAAGUUUCCAAAUUUCUCGAACAAAUCGAUCCAACCCACUUAGAUAUUGACUCUCUUUCCCUAUCUUUUGCAAUUAUUUCCGUCAAUUCAUCGCCUAAACCAGCUUUACAGCUUGCAAAGCGUUUAAUUACCAAUAGGUUAGUAACUAAUUCUGAAUUUUUAAUGAAUUUGAAGCAAGCCCAUGAAACAUUAAAUCUUGAUGACAACAUUUCUUUCGAUCUUUGGAUAAGGAGUUUAUGUCAAUUGAAGAAAGCCGAGGAAGCUUUUAAGUGUUUUAAGAUUGUAAAAGAGAUGGGGGUUUUACCAAAAGUUGAAACAUGUAAUGAUAUGUUGAGUUUGUUUGUUAGAUUGAAUUCUACUAAAUUGGCUUGGGUUUUGUAUACUGAAAUGUUUAGGUUGAAAAUUAGUUCUAAUUCUCAUACUUUUAACAUUAUGAUUAAUGUGCUUUGUAAAGAAGGGAAGUUUAAUAGGGCUUUAGAAUUUCUUGAUUUAAUGGAGGUUGCAGGUUUUAUGCCUAAUGUCGUGACAUAUAAUACUAUUAUUAAUGGGUAUUGUUCAAGAGGUAAAUUUGAAAGUGCAAAGAUUGUAUUUAAGAUGAUGAAACUUAGGGGAGUAUAUCCAGAUUCUUACACAUAUGGUUCAAUUAUUAAUGGGUUCUGUAAGGAAGGAAGGCUUGAUGAAGCUGAGAAAUUUUUUGAUGAAAUGGUGAAAAAUGGUUUGUUACCUUCUGCUAUAACUUUCAAUUCUUUGAUUGAUGGUUAUUGCAAUAAAGGGGAGUUAGAUAAGGCUUUAGGUUAUAGAGAUGAGAUGAUUAAGAAGGGUAUAGAACCGACUUUGUCGACGUACAAUAUGUUGAUACAUUCAUUGUUUAUGGAAGGUAAGGAUGCUGAUGCUGAUAGCUUGAUAAAGGAGAUGGAAGAAAAGGGUUUGAAGAAGGAUGAUGUUACAUUUAACAUUUUGAUCAAUGGAUAUUGCCAAGGUGGGGAUGUAAAGAAGGCGUUCGAGCUUCUCGAUGAUAUGUUAGUUGAAGGGAUUGAACCUACUAGGGUUACAUAUACAUCUCUUAUCUAUGUGUUGAGCAAAUCUAGGAGGAUGAAGGAGGCAGUUGAUCUGUUCGAGAAGGUAACACGAAAUGGUGUGAUACCGGACCUUGUGAUGUUCAAUGCUCUUAUAAAUGGGCAUUGUGCUAAUGGGAAUGUGGAGAAAGCUUUCUUAAUCUUGAGAGAGAUGGAUAGAAGAAAGGUUCGGCCUGAUGAAGUCACAUACAACACACUAAUGCAGGGUCUUUGUCGAGAUGGUAAGGUCAAAGAAGCAAGGAAGCUUCUUGAUGAGAUGAAGGGAAGAGGGAUUGUACCUGAUCAUAUCAGUUAUAACACUCUGAUUAGUGGGUAUAGCAAGAGAGGCGAUAUGAAGGAUGCGUUUAAGAUUCGAGAUGAGAUGUUUGAUGUAGGGUUUAAUCCUACUUUUCUUACAUACAAUGCUUUGAUUAAAGGGUUGUGUAAGAACAAGGAAGGUGCUCUUGCUGAAGAGCUUCUGAAAGAAAUGGCUGAAAGAGGCAUUAGUCCUGAUGACAGCACGUAUAUUUCGUUGAUCGAAGCUAUGGGCGAUGCUAAAGAACACAUCGAAAAUAGCAUGUCUAAUGAGUGAUUCUAUAGAAACAAUAGCUUUCAGAUUAUCAUGUGAUAUGUGUUCGGAAAUUUGUGAUGAAUAAACAUGAUGCAUCCGAAUUCUUUCUCUUGAUGCAGUUCUAAAAUGUUUGCAGCAGACAAUUUUAGCUUAUUUUAAAAUGAGCAAAGGGUUUGAUGGUCAAACCAUCUAAUACUAGUGUUAUUAAAUUAACCGGUUAAAAUAAUUUAUUG